CAGUCAGGUGGAUUCAGGCAGACUCCAGGAAUCAGGUAAUCUUGGCCAGGCCUCUGGAGCAAUGUCGCAACAACUCCUCUACCGUGCGCUGGUGUCUGCCAAAUGGCUUUCAGAAGCCAUCAAGUCCCAGCAAGUUGGUCUGGCCUUGAGAAUUGUGGAUGCAUCCUGGUAUUUGCCGAAGAUGAAGCGUGACCCGAAGCGGGAAUUUGAGGAGCGCCACAUCCCUGGUGCAGUUUUCUUCGACAUUGACCAGUGCAGCGACCGUACUUCACCUUACGAUCACAUGCUGCCCAAGGCUGAUGAUUUUGCUGAGUACGUGGGGAAGCUGGGUGUGGGGAAUGAUUCUCAUGUUGUGGUGUAUGAUGGCAGCGACCAAGGUCUCUUCUCAGCACCGCGGGUGUGGUGGAUGUUCCGGGCCUUUGGACAUGAAGCUGUCUCCCUUCUGGAUGGUGGCCUGAAGAACUGGCAGCGAGAGGGGAAUGCGCUGAGCUCUGGGAAAAGCCAAGUAGCUCCCUCCGAGUUCCACGCCUCCUUGGACAAGUCCCUGGUGAAAACAUACGAGGACGUCUUAGAUAACUUGGAUUCCCACCGCUUCCAAGUAGUGGAUGCGCGCGCUGCAGGACGGUUCCGGGGAGUAGAACCAGAGCCCCGAGAUGGAAUUGAGCCUGGUCACGUCCCUGGGUCGAUGAACAUCCCCUUCACCGAUUUCCUCACAGAGUCUGGCUUAGAGAAGACCCCUGAGCAGAUCCGCAGUCUGUUCCAGGAGAAGAAGGUGGACCUCUUAAAGCCGGUGGUAGCCACGUGUGGCUCUGGGGUCACUGCCUGCCACGUGGCUCUGGGAGCAUACCUCUGUGGCAAGCCAGAUGUUGCUGUAUACGAUGGGGCCUGGGUGGAAUGGUACAUGCGGGCACAGCCUGAAAAUAUUAUUUCUGAGGGAAAGGGGAAGACAGUGUAACAAGCUGCUUUGUCUCCCAGCUGUGCAGAGAAUUUGCCUUGAAACAGGAUUUGGAAAAGAUG